AUGGCCGUUCCUCAGUCGUCGCUUUCCUCCUUCUCCUUCUUCACAGCCAAAGGAUCUGCUACCGUAUCCGGCCCAGAUAUCGAGUCACAAAACCGCCGCAACACUCCCUCGCACUGGUUCCUGGUCACCCAUCCCUCCGGCGUCACUGAUGCGGUCCUGAACCAUGCCUACCCCGGUCAAGGCACUGCCGAGUCCCCCUUUGUCGUCGACUUCCUUCCCGAAGACGGGAGCAACCCGCUACAAUAUCCAAUGUCCAAGAAAUGGAUCAUCACGUUGCUCCAGGCCCUUGCCACGCUGGCCGUGGCAUUCGUGAGCACGGCAUACUCGGGAGGUGUCUUCGAGAUCAUUCGGUACUUCCACGUGUCGACGACGGUGGCCAUCCUGGGUAUCUCACUGUACGUAUUUGGGUUUGCCGUCGGGCCGUUGCUGUGGGCGCCUCUUAGUGAAUUUUACGGGAGACAGAUCGUCUUCUUCUUCACCUACGCUGGCCUGGCAGCCUUCAGUGCUGGUGCUGCUAGUGCGCAAAACAUCCAUACACUGCUUAUUCUGCGCUUCUUCGCCGGCGCGUUUGGCGCGUCGCCCUUGACGAACUCGGGCGGUGUUAUUGCUGACAUGUUCGAUGCCAAAGAGACGUACGCGCCUGUCCUCCUCCGCCGCCGGGCUGCUCAGCUCUCCAAGAUAGCGGGCAAGGUGUACGUCUCCAAGAUGGACCUCUCGGUCACGACGCCCAAGGCCGAGCAAAUCAAGACGACGCUGCUCCGACCGUGGGUUCUCCUCUUCACUGAGCCCAUCGUCUUCCUUACCGCCAUCUACAUCGCCAUCAUCUACGGCACCCUUUACCUCCUCUUCGCCGCCUUCCCCAUCGUCUUCCAGCAGCAGCGCGGCUGGAGCGCCGGAAUCGGAGGCCUUGCCUUUAUUGGCGUCGCCGUGGGCAUGCUCUUCGCCGUCGCCAUCGCCAUGGUCGACAACCGGCGCUACGUCCGCGUCGCAGCGGCCCACGGCGGCAGGGCGCCGCCCGAGGCCCGGCUCCCACCCGCCAUUCUAGGCUCUGUCCUCCUGCCCGUGGGGCUGUUCUGGUUCGCGUGGACCAACGGUUCCGACGUGCACUGGGUCGUGCCCAUCGUCGCGUCGGCCUUCUUCGCGGCGGGGCUGGUCAACGUGUUCCUGUCGCUGCUGACCUACCUGGUCGAUAGCUACACGGUGUUUGCGGCAUCGGCGUUGGCGGCCAACUCGGUGCUGCGGUCGCUGUUCGGCGCCGCCUUCCCGCUCUUCACGACCUACAUGUACAGGGAUCUCGGCAUCCACUGGGCGAGCACCAUCCCGGCGUUUCUGGCCCUCGCGUGCACGCCGUGUCCGCUGUUGUUUUAUUGGUACGGCGAGCGCAUCCGCAUGAAGUGCAGGUAUGCUGCCGAGGCGGCCGCUGUCGAGAGAGAGUUGCACGCCGCGCAUGAGGGCCGGGAGGCGCCGGUGGCCGUGGCGGGUGGGCAGACUGGGAGGCCGCCGGUUAGUGAGAGCGGUGCGGUGCUGAGCGAGGACGAGCGGACUGUUGUAGGGGACGGCGAGGAGGUGAGGGAGAAGAGAAAGUAA